GGAAAAGAGGCGACGGGACUGAUGAGGGGAUGUGUGCGGGAAGGUGCAAGCGAAAGAGAAAAAGAAAAAAAAAACGAGGUUGGACAGUAGCAAGGGGCAAGGGGCAAGGAGCAAGGAGCAAUAUUCAUUGACAAGCGACAAGCGACAAGCGAUAGUAACAGGGUGGUGGCAGUAUGACUCUUCCCAAUUUGCCAACGUUGUGGCCGCUCAUGAUCUGCUGUUACUAGGUGCAUGUAGGAAGUAGCACUGAGUAGUAGUUCUGAUUGAUAACUAUGACUCUGCAAAAGCUUCCCCAUCCCCCCAGCAAAAUGGUUCCUUCUUAAACCAAGCCAACCCCGCACCCUCCGCUACCGGCCCUCGACCUCGACCUCGACUGUCUUGCUCAAUGACCCAGGCCGGCUCACCAACGGCCCCGAGUGACAACACCAUCGCGACACCGGCGCCCCCCAGAUCCGUUCGCCAGCGUGCCUGGACUGUUGGAAGGUCCCGCCUGCCCUGCGCCGUGCUGCGGUAGCGGAAACUCCCCCGUCCUCUCCGGAUCUCCAUCCCUCCAUCCCUCCCUCCAUCCCCCCUCCGUCUUUUCCCCUGCCCGCCCACCUCCGCCACCGUGCAGGUGUGCAUGGACGGCUCUGCAGCCCCCGGAGCAGGCGCCGCAGGCUCGGCAGCCCAGGCCCAGGCCCAACACGGCCAUGGCCACGGCAAUGGAGGUCCUGCCUCCUCCAUGAGCCCGACAAGCCCGGUUUCCGCCCGGAGCCAUGUCUUGUCCCACGCCUCCGCACUCGGUGCCAAUGGCGCCGCCAAGCGCAAGAGGAGUUCUGUCGGCAUGGUCGGCAGCAGCCCCGGCAGCGCUGAUGGUGACGACGACCUCGGCGCCGAUCAACACGAGAAGAAGAGGCAGCCCGGCGUCAAGAGGGCUUGCAACGAGUGUCGCCAACAGAAGCUGCGAUGCGACGUCGUACAAGAUCCCUUCACCAGCUGCUCCAGAUGUGUCCGCCUCAAACUCGACUGCAAGAUCGAAUCAAACUUCAAGCGCGUUGGCAAGCGCAGCAAACAUGCAGAGAUGGAAAGGGAGAUCGAGAAGCUGCGUCGCAAUGUCGCAAAGGCAAGGUCGCAAGGCUUCAUCCCGGACGAGGAUGACCCCAUGGAGUCCCAGCUACAGUCUCCCGUCGUCGCCAGCGUCUACUCCCACACCAGGCACCCCUCGCUCAUGGGGUCUGACGAGGCCGUCUCGUCCCUGUUGCACCUAAAGCGCGGCGGCUCCUACAACGUGCCUCGCAUUUGCCGGGAGCUCGACGAAGUCCGCUUGACCGAGGACGCCGAGGCCCAGCUGUUUGCCGAAUACUUCGCCCAUUACGACCAGUUUCUCCCAUUCCUCAACCCUAGCCAGUCCCCCGACCAGUACUAUGCGCAGCAUCCCCUGCUCUACUGGGUCAUGAUCUCAGUCGCCGCCCGCAGAUACCAUCCUGACCCCUCGCUACUCGGCAAUCUUUCCGGCCCUCUCACCAAUCUGCUGUGGCAGACCAUUGGCGAUGUGCCCAGCAGCCACCAUGUCGUCAAGGCCCUUUGCCUCCUGUGUACAUGGCCGCUUCCCACAAGCACAUCCUCUUCAGACCCAACACAGAUCUUGUGUGGUGUGAUGAUGAAGGUCGCCACCCUCAUCGGUCUCCACAGGCCUCAUCACAUCAAUGACUUCUCGCGUGUUGUCAUCGACCUGGACAACGAGCAGCUGCAUGACCGUGUUAUGACGUGGGCCGUCACCAACAUUGUCGCCCAGUCCAUUGGAACGGGCUACGGCCAGCCCGCGUCCAGUCUCUACGACUGGACACUGGCCAUUCGGCCUGGUGAAUCUGGCCCCUUCCAGCUCUCACCGGAUCUUGAGGCUCGUCUACAGAUCGAGCGAUUUUGCGACAAGGUUUCCAAGGAGAUGUACAGCAAUGCUAGCGAUCCACGGGGCGUCGCUGGAGAUGAGCACCGCGCCAUGCUCAUGCGUGUGUAUCGCCGCGAGUACGGAGAGCUGCAGGCUUCGAUAAUGUCUCGCAACCUGUCCAGGGUCGUUAACCUUCACCUGAAAGCUGCCGGCCUCCACCUUCGGCUGGCCGGCUUCUUCGACUCCCACAACACACCCGGCUACAUGGACGACCUGAUGGGUCUCUGGAGGGCCAGUUGCAGUUUUCUGGACUACGUCCUGGACAGCAAACCAAGCUCUCCGCAUGACCCCCAUGGCGAGAGUGAUCUGCUCCGAUACGCCACCAACUACAUCCAGCAAAUGCUGGUCGCUGCCGGCUUCGCUUUGCUCAAACUCUUGCGGUCCUUCUUCGCCAAGUCCGUAGACUACGAACGCGGCCGCAUACUGUUUCACCGCACCAUCACAGCCAUACGAUCAACCAGUGUUGUCCAGAACGAUCUCAACUGGAGGCUCGCUGAGCUCAUGGUCCAGAUCUGGAACGGAGCCCGCGCCGAGAAACGAAGCAAAUCCUGGCAUGACGAGGACUCGGUGCAUGAGAUCGAUGACAGCCUGCAGUUGCAAGUGCGCUGCAGGCACAGCAUGAGUCUUGUCUUUGACUCGAUCUGGCACUGGAGAGAAGAAUACCAAGCCCGUGGCCGAGGAAACCUCGACUCGCUGAAACAUCCCACGAAUCCAGAUUCCGCAGAGCACUCAUCGGCAUCAUCGACGCAUCUCGACCCCCCACUGAGUUCCGCACAUGGCCUGCCGGCCAGUCUCCUUACCGCCUCCAACGGGGCCUUGACGCCUAGUGGUGGCUCUGGCUUUGGUGGUGGCCAGGGAGGACUGGGCGGUUCAAAUUAUGAACCGACCAACUACGACUUCUUCGACCCCCAGCACUGGAUGCUGGAUGGACUCAUGGACUUCAACUAUUCCUUCGUGCCGGAGAUGGGCGCCUAGGCGGCACACCAGGACCCAGGAUAAGGACCAUUUGGAUUCCAAAGACUUGCUGUAUCAAACUUGAGAGAACUCGCGAAUGUAGAUGGAUUUGGUGGGAACCCAGCCCCUUGUGCGACAUGUCCCGACCAGAGGCGGUUGCAAUGGUUUUGAUUCAGUUGAUACAUUCAUCGCUGCAGGCUACAGUUUCUGAGGAUCAGACUACGGCUCGGCAUGGAAACAGCGAAUGCUCUUCGGAAUUUUGUUCAUUAUGCAGCGAGCUCUAGCCAUAAUCAUGUCACAAAUACCCAAUACUUCGACAUGAACAUAUAGCGUUCGAAGGGGAAAGCCAGCAAGUGCAGGAUUUUGUGAUCCAGUCAACCUUGAGUAAAGAAGGUCGCGCACAGCCAAGCUGGAUUGAGAAUGUUACGAAGCUUCAAGUCUGCGCGGGAAAUUGGUUGAACGAUUUCUACUGGCCACCAUUGUGGCAAGAUUGAUUCCCUUUCAGCGGCGAAUAUCAUUGAUGCUUCAUACAGGAGACAGGAACGGCAGGACACAAAAAGGAUAACAGACGGACGUCCUACGAUUUGCAACUCCCGCUGUGGUACAUUUACAUUGUACAUAGAGGUACGCGCCAGUGGGCGACGAUAUUGGGCACUCAAGGAUCAGGGUGAUAUAACCAGGAGGUGGCGUUGUGUCAUGUUUCCGUUUACUUGACUGCGUUGCUUAUUCACAAUGCGUUUUGCCAAGUACCAUCCGCACUUCCCUUCCCACCCACCAUUUUGACCGACCUGCUUGGCUUGGUGGGCUCUGGAAAUGACAGGGAGGCGGAGGGGUCUGGAAAGAUUGCCUCAGAGGAUUUGUCUUGCGUCUUCAUUGUGGUGGAAUGUACAUGUGGAGGUAGUAUUCCCAUUUGGGUAUCUCCGACUGAGCGACAAGUGUAGGGCUGGCCGCGUGCAGAGAGUGUGAAGCUAGCUAGGUAGCCUGUCGAUGCUUACAUGCGAAAUCAGGGAUCAUGAAUGCCAGUGCUGUUGAA